AUGUCGAAGGACUGCGGAAACCACAAGCACUGGCUGAAGAAGAAGUACCGGCAUUCGCUGUACUGCCUGCUGGGGUUCGUGCUGCUGAUCCUGUUCACGGUGCUGGUGAUUUGGCUGGUGCUCCGGCCGACCAAGCCCAAGUUCUACCUGCAGGACGCCACCGUCUACGCCUUCAACCAGUCCGGCAGCCCCACCGGGCUCCUCACUACCUCCAUCCAGGUGACCCUCUCCACCCGCAACCCCAACGACCGCAUCGGCGUCUACUACGACAAACUGGACGUCUACGCCUCCUACCAGAACCAGCAGAUUACGAUGCCCACCGUCAUCCCUCCGACGUACCAGGGCCACAACGACGUCGUCGUCUGGUCGCCCUUCCUCUACGCGGUCAACGUGCCCAUCGCCCCCUACCUCUGCGCGUCGCUGCUGCGGGACCAGAACGCCGGCGUGCUGCUGCUCAACGUGAAGGUCAACGGCAGACUGCGCUGGAAGGUCGGCAGCUGGACCUCCGGGAGGUACCACAUCUUCGUCAAUUGCCCCGCCCUCCUCACCUUCGGCGGCGGCGCCGCCGGGUACUCGCCGCUCAUCCGCUUCCAGCAGAUGUCCACCUGCACCGUCGACGUCUGA